UCGUCCGCGGGCCGCUCUGCGCGCACGGGGCCGGCGCGGCGUCCCUGGGGAGACUCGAGGCCGCGCGCGGGGAAGCAGAGCCGGGGAUGUGUUCGGGGAGACUCCGCGAAGAAAAACCUGCCAUUGCUCCGCCUGUCUUUGUGUUUCAGAAGGAUAAAGGACAAAAGUCCUCUGCAGAGCAAAAAGACUUGUCGGAUUCGGGAGAGGAGCCUCGGGGGGAGGCUGAGGCCCCCCACCAUGGCACGGGUCACCCCGAGUCAGCUGGUGAGCAUGCCCUAGAGCCUCCUGCCCCCGCUAGCGCUUCAGCCAGCACUCCUGAAGCCCAGCUUCUUCCUUUCCCGCGAGAACUGGCAGGGAGGCCAACUGGAGGCUCCAGCCCCGAAGGUGGAGAAGAUUCCGACCGAGAAGAUGGAAAUUACUGCCCUCCUGUCAAGCGAGAAAGAACGUCCUCUUUAACCCAGUUCCCACCGUCACAGUCAGUAUCAAAAAACAAUGUUUUUAUGCCAUCAACCUUCUGCGAGCCGUCUGCAGGCAAUUCUGACUCAGAACCAGAGGAAAAGAGCAGUGGGUUCCGGUUGAAGCCACCAACAUUGAUCCACGGCCAGGCACCUAGCGCAGGUCUGCCGAGCCAGAAGCCCAAGGAGCAGCAGCGGAGUGUACUUCGCCCGGCAGUGCUGCAGGCCCCGCAGCCGAAGGCACUGUCACAGACCGUCCCCAACAGUGGCACCAAUGGGCUCAGCAUCCCGGCGGACUGCAUGGGGGCCACGACGGCCACCUCACCCGACACACCCGCACGGAGGAGUCCUGACGAGGCGCAAGCCCCUGAGGAGAAGGAGCCCCAGAGAAGCGAGUUCGGCGGCACCGGUGAGGAGGACGGGGAGAAGGCAGAGCGGGCCCAGCAGGCAUUUGUGUUCGGGCAGAACCUGAGGGACAGGGUCAAGUUAAUACACGAGAACACUGAAGUCGCUGACAUGGAGAAUGCCGGACACCCCAGUUCAGAAACGCCAACUGCGACCAACUAUUUCCUUCAGUAUAUCAGCUCCAGUUUAGACAACUCGACCAACAGUGCCGACACCGCCAGCAGCAAAUUCGUGUUUGGCCAGAACAUGAGCGAGCGCGUGCUGAGCCCCCCCAAGUUAAAUGAAGUCAGUUCAGACGCCAACAGGGAAAAUGCAGCUGCUGAAUCCGGGUCCGAGUCCUCGUCCCAGGAGGCCACCCCCGAGAAAGCCAAUAACGUUUCAGAGUCCCUGGCCGAGUCGGCAGCCGCCUACACCAAGGCAACAGCCCGGAAGUGUUUGCUGGAGAAAGUGGAAGUCAUCACGGGGGAGGAGGCGGAGAGCAACGUGUUACAGAUCCAGUGUAAGCUGUUUGUCUUUGACAAGGCCUCACAGUCGUGGGUGGAAAGAGGCCGGGGGCUGCUCAGACUCAACGACAUGGCGUCGACCGACGACGGGACGCUACAGUCCCGACUAGUGAUGCGGACCCAGGGCAGCUUGCGGCUGAUCCUCAACACCAAGCUGUGGGCCCAGAUGCAGAUCGACAAGGCCAGCGAAAAGAGCAUACGCAUCACGGCCAUGGACACCGAGGACCAGGGCGUGAAGGUCUUCCUGAUCUCAGCCAGUUCCAAGGACACAGGCCAGCUGUACGCAGCCCUGCACCACCGCAUCCUGGCCCUGCGCAGCCGCAUGGAGCAGGAGCAGGAAGCCAAGCUGCCUGCCCCCGAACCCGGGGCGGCCCCGUCCAACGAGGACGACAGUGACGAGGAUGUUCUGGCUCCAUCAGGGGCCACCGGAGGCGGUGCCGGCGACGAAGGGGACGGGCAGACGGCCGGGAGCACAUAGCGCCGGGAGCCGGCUGCCCACGAGCCUGCUGCUUUGUCCGUCUGUCCGCCCGCCCGCCCGCCCCGCCAGCAGUGUUGAGGCGUGGGGCUCGGGAACCACACUCCCCGCUGGGUUGGCCACAGUUCGGAUCCGCAUGUCCCGUUCAGAAGCAGACUCGGGAACUGCCUGAAUGUGGUUUGGGACACGAGACCUCAUCAUAUUGAUGAGCAAAACGAAAAAACAUUUCUUCCCUCCCCUCCUUUGAAUUGAAAUGGCACAUUGAGACUUGUCACGGCUUCUCACUGGGACUGGGACACCUUGUUUCUUCACCCCUCCCUCCUCGUGUCCCCGGCCUCUGCCGCCGCCGCCCAGGCUGCCGGGUCUGUGCACACAAGUAUAAACACUGGGCCUGCUGGACGUUAACUACCA